AUGGGAGCAAUCAAAACCAUCGCGUUGCUCAUCGCCAUGGAAGCCGAGGCUGAGCCUUUAAUCAGUUCGUUUAAGCUUUUGCCGUGUCCGAAAUCGCACCAUCACGCGCCGUUACCGUCGGUCGUUCGGAGCGGGGAAAUCUCUUUCGGUGAAGAGAAUAAAGCGGUCGAGAUAGUCCUCGUGACGUGUGGCCAAGAUGCCACGCACGCGGUGGAUUCGGUCGGCACAGUUAACGCCGCGUUGUGCGCGUACGAGGUUUUAAAAACGCACAGACCGGACGUGUUAAUAAACGCCGGGACCGCCGGUGGGUUUCAAAGCAAAGGGUGCGAAAUCGGGGACGUGUUUCUCGUCUCCGAGGUGAAAUUUCACGACCGGAGGAUACCGAUACCGACGUUUACGUCGUACGGGAUCGGCGCGAUCGAAACUUUGAAAACGCCAAACAUGAGAAAAGAGAUUACGAGUUUGAAAUCGGGAAUAUGUUCCACGGGAAAUUCCUUGGACGCGACGGAUGUUGACCGGGAGAUGAUGCUCCAAAACGACGCGAGCGUGAAGGAGAUGGAAGCCGCCGCGGUGGCGAAAGUGUGCGAGAUGUUUAAAACGCCGUUCGUGUGCGUGAAGGCGAUUACCGAUAUCGUCGACGGACCGCACGCGACGGAGACGGAGUUUUUGGAGAAUUUAGCCAUGGCUGGAAGGCGGUUGCAAGAAAACGUGCCGAAAGUGUUGGAGUUUAUGAGCGGGAAAAGCGUCGCCGACCUCUAA